UGGGAAAUGGUGCAGCAUCAACGAAGAAAAAACCGCAGCGGCCCUGGGAACGAAAUGAUGCGCCUCACCCAAACGUGUCCAACUGAGGUCUUACUUCGUCGGCAGGCGAGCAGGUAAAUGGCAGGGUACCGCAGGCUGCAGUGCCCAUCUCUAGCCGGCCAAUGCAGUGUGUAGGGCCUGCUGUCCAGGCCGACGUCAACAUGAACGGGGUGGGGGAGCAGGUGGACAUCCUGCCACCAAAUUGCAUGGUGAAGGAGCGCUGGAAAGUGCUCAAGAAGAUAGGGGGUGGUGGUUUUGGGGAAAUCUAUGAGGCACUGGACUUGCUGACCAGGGAAAAUGUGGCACUGAAGGUGGAGUCGGCCCAGCAACCCAAACAAGUGCUCAAGAUGGAGGUGGCUGUCCUGAAGAAACUCCAGGGGAAAAACCAUGUCUGCAAAUUUAUCGGAUGUGGACGAAACGAGAAGUUCAACUACGUGGUGAUGCAGCUGCAGGGGAGGAACUUGGCUGAUCUGAGGCGCAGUCAGCCUCGGGGGACCUUCUCCAUGAGCACCACGCUCCGGCUGGGCAAACAGAUCCUGGAGUCCAUAGAGGCCAUCCACUCAGUGGGCUUCCUGCACAGGGAUAUAAAGCCUUCAAACUUUGCCAUGGGCCGACUGCCAUCGACGUAUCGGAAAUGCUACAUGCUAGACUUUGGCCUGGCGAGGCAGUACACCAACACCAGCGGAGAAGUGCGGCCGCCAAGAACGGUGGCAGGAUUCCGAGGGACAGUCCGAUAUGCCUCUGUCAAUGCUCAUAAAAACAAAGAGAUGGGUCGGCAUGAUGAUUUGUGGUCCCUGUUUUAUAUGCUGGUGGAGUUCACUGUUGGUCAGUUGCCAUGGCGAAAAAUUAAGGAUAAGGAGCAGGUGGGUCAGAUUAAGGAACGCUACGAGCACAAGAUGCUGCUCAAGCACAUGCCGUCAGAGUUCUAUAUCUUCUUGGACCACGUGUUGGGGCUAGACUACUAUACCAAACCAGACUACCAGUUGCUGAUGUCUGUGUUUGACAUGAGCAUGAAGGACAGGACCAUUACAGAGAACGAGUCCUAUGAUUGGGAGAAAGCAGGGACAGAGCCUACGCUGUCAACCAGCUUGCCUGCCGCACCCCAACAAAACACCAGACCGACUGCUGCAGUGGCAGGAGUGGUCAACAUAACGGCGGUUCCUGGGGAAACGCCACGAGAGAACACGGACGACGUCCUGAAGGACGAGCAUCUAAGUGACCAGGAGAACGCCCCGCCCGCCCCAGCGGCCAGCAGGCCCGGCGACGCCGCCCACCCCCCGCCUGAGGGAGAGCCAUGGGACGACACGGACUUCAACCGCAACAAACUCAGGAUCAGCAUCAGCAAGACACAGGUGGCUCUGGAGGAGGAGGGUCAAGCAGGAGGAGCGGGCUCUGCCGAGGCGAAAGCUCUGGAAUCUCCCAGCGGACAGGCGCGCGCCCUCAGGUUCCGCCGCGUCAACAGCCCCGAGUCUGACCGCCUCUCUAGGGCAGAUGGCGGAGCAGAUGCCUACGACAGACGGUCUCGCAUGGACAUCCUGUGCUCGCCGUCCCGGGUGGUCUACUCCUCGCAGCCGGCCCAGAUGCUGUCGCUGGACGCGGGGCAGGGUGAGCGGCAGGCCAGCGGGCGGCAGGACGCCUCGGUGGACGGCGACCAGGAGGCGCACAGCAACGCCUUCAUCCACUCGGUGCCGCUGGCCGAGGAGGAGGACUUCGACAGCCGCGAGUGGGUCAUCAUCGACAAGGAGAUGGAGCUGCGCGACUUCCUGCCCGGCGCCGAGCCCACCAACUCGGGCACCACGGACGAGGAGCCCGAGGAGCUGCGCCCGCUGGAGGACCACGAGGGCCGGCGGCGGUGCCACGACGGCGUGGUGCGGCCCAAGACCCACUCGGCCGAGCGCCAGCGCUGCAUGAUGGCGCUCAACAACGGGGAGGGCGCGGCGGGGUCCAGUCCCGCCCACUCGCCCUGCCACUCACUGCCUCACACGUGCCCCCGGAGGAGGGAAUCCGAACCGUUUGGUCCUCACAGACAGGACAUCCAAGAGGCACAUCCUGAGGUCCUGCCCUCCCAGACGAGACCGAAGCGAGUGGACUUCCUGUCCGGGGUGCUGAUGUUCGACGUGCCUCGGGAGGAGGGCGGCGAGGGCCAGGGCUCCGGCAGCGAGGGCAGCCCCAAGAGCAGCGAGGGCAGCCCGGAGAACGCCGCGUCCACCCUGAUGGCCCCCGCGCACAACAAGGAGCACGACCAGGAGGACGCCUCGCGCACGCUGGUGCUGGCCUCGCCUGCCAACGGCCUGGGCUCGCCCGGCAACGGCCUGGUCUCCCCGGGCGACGGGCAGGGCACGUUCAACGCGCUGACGCCGCAGAGCGAGCGGCCGCCAUCGCACCCGCCGCCGCCGGACGAGGCCGAGCCCGGAACGCUGGCGUCCACCAUCGUCCGGUCCGAUCCCCGGCCCAUCAUCGCCAUGCCGACGGUCAGCAUGGUGUCCAGCUCGGGGGGCACGUCUUCGCCGCCCUUCACCAAGGUGGAGCGCACCUUCAUACACAUCGCCGAGACGUCGCACCUGAACGUCAUGACGGCCCGACAGCAGCACCCCGGCUCCCACGAGGAGACGGCGCCAGAGCCCAGCCAAUCAGAGAGCCCCAGAGUAGAGGAGGAGGAGGAGGAAGAGGAAGAGGAAGAGGAGGAAGAGGAGCAGGAGGAGGGGAGAGAGGAGAUAAAGGGUGAAAGUGAAGGGGAGGAGGAUGAGGGCAAAAGUGAAGAAGUCUUGCAAGAGGAGGAAGAGAAGGAUAGAGAGGAAGAUGACGAGGAGGAGGAAGAUGACGAGGAGGAGGAAGAGGAGGAGGAGGAGAAGGAAGAAAACGUCAAGACAGAGGAAGAGGAGAAAUUAGAGGAGGAGAGAGACGAAGAAAGCCAACAGAGUGAGGAAGAAGAAGAAGAAGAGAGAGUCGAUGACUCAGAAAAGCGUGAAGACAAUCCGUGUGAUGCGGAGAUCCUCGAGGAGCAGGCAGAGAACAGAGAGGAGGAAGAGGACGCGUCGGAGAAAGCCCCGGAGAGCGAGAGGAAGAGCGAGGGCGAGAGCGAGAGGGAGAAAAGUGGCGAGAGCAAGGAGGAGGAACGCCGAGAGAGCAUCUCGACUCCGCUGGGAGCGGAACACGAGCACACGCCUGAGGCAGCUGUUCAAUCAGAACCUUGCAUUCAAACUGCAGAAGAACCCGUUUCGCAGAACGUUCUAGAAGCCGGCGGGGAGACCGAUGUAGAGGGAGCGCCGUGCGUCGAGCAGGAAGAGGACGCUGAUCAGGUAAAGGUGUGCGAGGUCGUCGCCGCUGACGCUGAGACGGGGGAGGAGGUGAAGGAAGAGGUGGGUCCGGAGGGUGAAACGCCGCCUGUUAUUGGUGCCGAGACAAAAGGGGAGGAGCCAGAGGCCGACGCUCCGACCGGCCGUCGGCGCCGGAGUCGGAUCCCGGUGCCCGUGUCGGAGGAGGAGAGCGGCUCGGACCGGUCGAUCCCCAGGGGCCCCGGCUCCCCGCGCCACCUGAAGACCGGGCGCCCUCACCUGGCGCGGCUGGUCCUGGAGCGCCGGCAGAGCCGCCACCGCCGAGCACCCGCCGCGCCCGCCUCCCCGAGCCCGUCCACCACCGCCUCCGAGGACGAGUCGGUCAGGGAGAGGGGCCGGCCACAGGCGGCCGAGGGCCAGAGGAGGAGCAGGAUCCCCAGGCUGGUGACGCCGGUCAGGAAACCCCCGUCGGCCCCGGGGACCGCUCCCGCCGCACCCCCCCACCCCCAGACAACAAAAGCAACCUCCUCUCUGCGCAGGCUUCGGAAGGCGUCCAGCAUGGGCUCCUCGUGGCCCAGGUCCCAGCCCUGCCCCUCUCCGGCGCCCCAGAGCCGCCCCCUCUCUGCGGCCGGCCCCGCUCUGCUCCGCGGGGGGCGCGGUGGUCCUCGCUCCGGUCCUCGCUCCUCCCCCCGGGCCCCGGGCUCGCCGUCCACGCGCAGCAUGAGCACCUCCCCGCGCAGCUACUCCACCUCCCGCACCGACAGCCCCUCCCCGCAGCACCACCGCCGCCCCCCGCCGCCGCCGGCCGCCGCCGAGAGGAGGAGGCAGCCCGCCGGCCCGGCCGCCCGGCCCACCUCCACGCCCCCGCCCAAAAGCAGAACCCAGGAGCCCGUCUCCAAGAGGACCAGGCCCGCCGCCGCCGCCUCGGCACCCACGCCCGCUAAAGGGAAGCGAGAGACGUCCGACGGGAAAUCUUCCGGUAGAUAA